CGAACCGACCCACCAUCCCUUGUUUCCCUUCUAUAUAAUUGUGACCAACCGGAAGGCGCAACACUGAGAAUCAGCCCGGAGUCCAAAUCAAUGGAGGCUUCCCGAGCAACUCAGAUCUCUCCGGCCAGGUGGUGGACGAAGGAGACGGUGGCGGUGGUGACGGGCGGCAACAAGGGCAUAGGAUUUGAGAUAGUGAGGCAGCUGGCGGAGGAGGGGCUGACGGUGGUGCUGACAUCCAGGGACGUCUGCAGGGGACAGGCCGCCGUGAAAUCGCUGCGCUCGAUCGGCUGCACCGGCAUCCUCUACCAUUCCCUCGAUGUGGCCGACCCUUCCUCCAUCCGCGACUUCGUCUCCUGGCUCAAGACCUCACUUGGUGGCUUGGACAUCCUGGUCAAUAAUGCCGCUGUAUCUUUCAACGACAUCGACGAGAACUCGGUCGAGCAUGCAGAGACUGUGAUAGCCACCAACUUCAGCGGACCGAAGCUGCUGACCGAGUCUGUGCUGCCACUCUUCCGGCCCCCCGCUUCCUCCGCUCGCAUCUUGAACAUCAGCUCCCGCCUCGGCUUACCCAACAAAUUGAGAAAUCCGGCGCUGAAGAGGCUGCUGGAAGACGAGGAGAGGCUGUCGGAGGUCGGCAUCGAGGAGAUGGUGCGGACGUUUCUGAGCCACGUGAAGCAGGGGACGUGGGAGGAGGAAGGAUGGCCGAAGGUGUGGACCGACUACUCGGUGUCGAAGCUGGCGCUCAACGCCUACUCGGUGCUUUUGGCCAGGCGGCUGAAGGACCGUGGCGUGGGGGUGAACUGCUUCUGCCCUGGUUACACCAUCACGUCCAUGACCAAGGGCAGGGGCGUCCACACCGCCGCCGCCGCCGCGAGAUCUGCGGUGCGGAUUGUGCUCCUUCCGCCUGACGGGCACCCCACCGGAAAAUUCUUCAUUAAAGAUCAACCUCAUCACUAUUGUAAGCUCUAGUAUCUGUACAUAUCAGAAGCCCAAAUACAUGUGGCCGUUGAACAAAGGAAACAAGAACCGACACAUAGAUAAAGCAGAAAGGAGAACCACCAGCCACCUUGCAGUACCUUCGGACUUUCUUUGUACUUUGGCCUACAUAACUCGAGUUGUUGCGCAAUUUUCUCUUAUGCAAUCCAUUUAUAGAGGGAAACUAGUUAUAAAGUGUUUGAUAACAAGAACAAAGUGUUGUAUUAAGUGGCAGUGAGAUCCAGAAAUUUGUGACUACAGCUAAAUGGAAGGCACAUAAAUGGAAAUUUGCCUUUCUU